AUGGACGGAAAGCUUAAUACAUUAAGACUUAUGUUCCCAAACACAACAAUGGAUCAAGCAAUCGUUGCUUUGAAGACAAACAAUUGGGAUCUUGAUCAAACUAUUGAUUUUUUGUUGGCAACUACUGAAGCCGAUGAGAUUGCCAAGAAGGAAGAGGUCAUUCCACCACCAGUCGUAAAGAAGGUUGUAGUACCACCCAUCCCCAUUAUCAAGCCCGCUCCAUGUCUCUCACCAAGAUCCACUUCAAUGGGUUCAACCAAAGUCGUGGAGCAUGUAAGAUUGGUACCAAAGAAUGCACCAUCAUUCGUUCCAGUACCAUGUCUUUCACCAAAAUCCACUGGUAGCACAAGACCAACACCAUCGGUUGCUUCCUUGGAGACUGCUGCUCCACUCUCACCAAGAAGUAUGACUCAGGGUGCCAAGAAGACUGUUGAAAUUGUAAAUAUUGUUCCAAUCGGUAAGCCAAUCCCAUGUCCAGCACCAGAGAUCGCUUCCACUGAGGUCUCAUCUGAUGACGAAAUCCUCAAGGAAUUCUUGUUGUUGGAGAAGCAACACUUGCCAGUUCCACCAGUUGUCCAAGCUGCACCAAGUCCAUCACCAGUCAACGUUGUCGAGCUUCCAAAGCCAUCGAUUGCACAAAAGGUUGGUGAGAGAGAUUUGGAGAGUGCUCAAAGAGACAUUUCAUUGUUGAAGAGUAUAUCAAACACUCUCAGAGAAUUGGAGAAUGAAGUCAGAAACAUCAGUUUCGAAUCAAAGGAGCACAAACCAAAGGACGAAAACAACAACAAUAACAACAAUGAGGAUGAUGACGAAGAAGAGGAAGACAUUGAUGAGGAGGAACGUUUGUUGAACAAGUUGCCAAACAUCGAUCAUGCCAUGGAGCAAUUGGAGUCAAUUUUCAAUGCUUCGGUUGAGAAGACCGAGAAGGUACUCAAGUCACUCAAGGAGGAGAUCGAGAGCUGGAGAAUCAAGGACAACGUCAAGACUUUCACUUCCACCAUCAGAUUGGAACUCUCAGAGAUGUUAGAGUCGAUCGCCAACUACAUAAACCCAAUCCCAAUUGCUGCCCAAGAGGAACAACGUUUGGAGCGUCAAGAGCAAAAGAGAGCUGAACUCGAGAAGAAACUCCAAGAACUUAAAGAAUAUAACGCAAGACUCGAAGAGGAGAGAAGAUCUGCCAUCGAGAGAAUUGAAAAGAAGCAACCAUCGGAUGACCAAGAAUUGCCACCUCCACCACCCUUACCAAGCAACCCACUUCCACCACCACCAACUCCAAAUGCAGCACCAGGUUAUUACUACUACGACCCAAGUGCACCAAAUGUUUUCUACUAUCACCCAUUAAAUCAACCACACCCACCAACCCAACCAUUCCAACAAUAUCCACCACCAUCAUCAAAGUAA